GAGUGUAACUUAAAAUGUCUGAAAAAUCGUCAUCAUGAAGAUGCGCAUGACUGUUUGACGGAUCAUAAUUGUUAUGCUACUUGUGAAUUCGUUGAAGCUCAUACGAAUGGCCUAUUUCCAAGAUGUAGUCACAAAGCAGGACAUGAUGGAAAACAUGCAUGCAAUACGGUAAUUAUCAAAAAAGCAAAAAAUCAAAUACA